GUCCGUCUCUAUUAGAAGUGUGGGUGAGAAUCUGCGUUGAGAAAUAGGUUACACCAUGGCGCCCGUCCCUUCACGCCUCCUUACCUCAGGCUCCGAGAUUCCUAUGCUGGGGUUUGGCACAGGUACGCUGGGGGUCAGGAGCAAGCAAACGGAGGAAGAAGUGAUGGAGGUGUUGGAUACAGCACUGGAGUGCGGUUACCGGCACUUCGACACAGCUUAUGCUUACAGCAACGAGGCCGCGAUAGGGAGAAGCCUAAAAAAAUGGACCUCACAGGGCAAGGUUAAGCGGGAGGACCUUUUCAUCACCACCAAGCUUUCCCCGGAUCAUAACCGGGAGGCGGAUGUGGCCAUGUCGCUUCAGAAGUCCUUGGCCAAUUUGGGCCUUUCUUACGUCGACCUGUACCUCGUCCACUUUCCCAUUGGUAUCACUGCUACCAACAAUAAAGAAGAGUUUAUAAGUGUCGCAGACGAGAGCAAUUGGACUUUAGACUACGAGACGGACCACGUUGCUGUCUGGAGAGCCAUGGAGGCACAAGUAGAGGCCGGGAGAACGAAGGCUAUAGGACUCUCCAACUUCAACAUUCAACAGAUUAAACGAAUCCUCAAAGUGUGUAAGGUGAAGCCGGCGGUACUGCAGGUGGAGGCCAACGCCUACUUUCAAGAGAGACCUUUACGUACCUUCUGCCAGGAGAACAACAUUGCACUAUGUGCCUACAGCCCCCUUGGAAGUCCCUACAAACAUUCUGGGAGUGACCAGACCUCGGUGUUGAAUGACCCAGUGGUGGAGGAGGUGGCCGCUCGUCUCCACAAAACCCCGGCCCAGGUCCUCCUCCGCUUCCUCCAUCAGCUCGACAUCAUCCCCAUUACUAAGUCUGCCAGUCGUACUCAUCAACUCGAGAACAUUCAGAUGUUAGACUUCCAACUAUCAGCAGAGGAGAUGGAACGAUUCACUGCUCUGGAUAAGGGGGAGGCAGCCAGGAAAUUUUCUAUCCACUUUCUUCCUAACAUUGAAAAUCAUCCAGAGUUCCCGUUCUAGCUUGGGUCUUCCGGAGUAAUAAUGGUGUGUUAAGUCAUCGGCUCCCAUCAACAGCAAGUUCCAGCAUCAAGUCGCCUGCCACUUAUAGUCAAUGCCCAAACACGGGGAGAGGGGCAUCGUUC